ACUCUUCACUUCCCUUGUACCCAUUUCACACAUAAAACACAGAGACACAGAGACAUACUCUUUUGUCCAUCAGACAAAGAUCAAACUCGUUCUAAUGGCGAGAGGGGGAGGCGGAGGAAGAGGGAGAGGCGCAAAGCGGCAAAGGGACCAAGGCUCAGAAACCCAUAACCCGAAUCAAACUGAAGAUGUUGCUGUCAAAGUUGGUGAAUAUGGUGAUGGGGUUGUUCUUUCUGAGAUAAAGGCAGUGUCUUUUGGUGGUGUAGAGAAGGGUGAGGACAGUUUGGGAAACGGUCAAAAUGAAGAAGUUGCUGUGAGUGUGAAGAAGAAGAAGAAGCCUGGGAGGAAGAGUAAGAAGGGUUUGGUGGGAAAUGGUGAUGGAGGUCUAAAGGAGGUUGCUUUUGGUGGUGAUGAGAUUGCUAUGCUGACUUUGAGGAAGAGGCCUGAACGGAACAAGAGAGUUAGAGUUAUGCAGGCAGAGGGAAAUGGUGAGAAAGGUGAAGAGAAUGGGGCUUCUGUGAACAAGAAAGGUAGGAAAAAGGUGACAUUUGCGAAGGAAGAGGGAAAGAAAGGUGUUUCGGAAGUGAAUAAUGACAAGAAGCGCGAUAGGAAGCGUGCGAAAACUGAGGAGGAAGAUGGGAAUGAAUUAGGCUAUUCGUUUAGGCCUCUGAGGGAGCAGGGACAUCUAUCAACGGAGGAGCGUAAAAAGUGGAUUGAGGAGGUAUCCCUAAUGUGCCACCAGUGUCAGAGGAAUGAUAAGGGAAGGGUUGUUCGGUGCAAAAAGUGCAGGACAAAGCGAUAUUGUGUUCCUUGCAUAGAUAAUUGGUAUCCACAUACAUCAGAGGAUGCCAUUGCUGAGGCUUGUCCUGUAUGCCGUGGAAAUUGCAAUUGCAAAGCAUGCUUGCGCUUAGAUAUACCAGUUAAAAAUCUGAAGAACCAAGAUUUAGUACUUGACAAAGAUGCAAGAGUUGAGCACUCUAAGUACUUAAUUCAUGCACUGCUUCCAUCCUUGAAAAGAAUUCAUGAAGAACAAGAGAAUGAGAUGGCGAUGGAGGCAAGGACAAAAGGAUUAUCUAACUUGAAGCUCCAGAUACCAAAGUCUGACUGUGCUGCUGAUGUUCGCGUGUAUUGCAACAACUGCAGAACUUCUAUUUUUGAUUAUCACAGAAGCUGUCCUAAAUGUUCAUAUGACCUCUGCCUCAUUUGUUGCCGGGAGAUUCGAGAAGGACAAUUGCAGCUAGGUGGGGAGGAAGUGACUUUGGAGUAUGUUUCUCGGGGCCUACCUUAUUUGCAUGGUGGAGAGGAAGACAACAAAAAAAGAAAGGGAAAGAGAAAUAGGAAUGUUGUGGAGCCACCCUCUGAAACUAGUCCCAAAAGUUCUGGAAAGCGAACAUUUGAGUGGAAAUCAUAUGAAGAUGGAAGCAUACUUUGCCCCCCAGAGGACAUGGGAGGUUGUGGCAGUGGUAAUCUAGAAUUGAGAUGCAUGUUUUCCAAAAAUUACAUCAAAGAGUUGGUAAAGAAAGCAGAAGAGAUAGAUGAAGCUUACAAACUUGUGUAUUCAAGUAGAACUUCUGCAGAGAGGUGUUCAUGUCUCAACUCUGUUGAUGAUGUCAAUUCAAGCAUCAAUGCAUCAAGGAAAGCAGCUUCUCGAGACAAUUCUGAGGACAACUAUCUGUACUGUGCAAGGGCUGGAGAUGUCCAAGUAGAGGAUUUAAAGCAUUUCCAGUGGCAUUGGAUCAAGGGUGAGCCUGUUAUUGUUAGCAAUGCACUUGAUACUGCAUCAGGUUUAAGCUGGGAACCAUUGGUCAUGUGGCGCGCUUGUCGUCAGAUGCAACAUACUAAGCAUGGUAAACAUUUGGACGUCAAAGCAAUAGAUUGCCUGGAUUGGUGUGAGGGGGAUAUCAAUAUCCACCAAUUUUUUACUGGAUACUCGAAGGGACGGUUUGAUCAAGAGAAUUGGCCACAGAUAUUGAAACUGAAAGAUUGGCCGCCAACUAAUUUAUUUGAGGAGCGCCUUCCUCGUCAUGGUGCUGAGUUCAUUUGUUGUCUGCCUUAUAAGGAAUAUACUCAUCCUCGCAAUGGUCCUCUAAACCUUUUUGCCAAAUUACCAUCAGAAUGUGUAAAACCAGACAUGGGACCAAAGACAUAUAUUGCUUAUGGUUUUUCCCAGGAGCUUGGACGUGGAGAUUCUGUAACCAAGCUUCAUUGCGAUAUGUCUGAUGCGGUGAAUGUUUUGACACAUACCACUGAAGUGAACCUUACUCCUGAGCAACUUACUGUCAUUGAAAAGUUGAAAAAGAAGCAUGCUCAACAAGACCAAAGAGAAAUUUUUGGCAAUUGUCAGACUGUGGAUGAUGAUGUUGAUAGUGGCAAGGCUGGUGGUGAUUCUUGUUUCAGUGCUGCUGAUGAUAAACAACUUCUUAAUGAAGUUGAUAAUAAUAGCAGUGGUGUAGCUGUUCCAGAACUGGUUGAUCCAAUUGUUCAACAUGUUGGAGAUGCUUCAAUGGGAUCUCUGUCCGAAAAGAACAAAGAGGCAGAAUUAGAUCAUGAUAUCGGUAGUGAAAUGCCUGCAAGAAAAUAUGGAAAUAAGUUGGAAGAGUCGGAUGUCAAUGAGGGAGGUGCUUUAUGGGACAUAUUCCGUAGACAGGAUGUUCCUAAGCUGCAGGAGUAUCUCAUGAAGCAUUUCAAGGAAUUCAGGCACAUACACUGUUGUCCAUUGCAGCAGGUUAUUCAUCCCAUACAUGAUCAGACAUUUUAUCUUACAAUGGAGCACAAAAAGAAGCUUAAAGAGGAAUAUGGAAUUGAACCAUGGACCUUCAUUCAAAACCUUGGAGAUGCUGUCUUUAUUCCUGCAGGAUGUCCGCAUCAAGUCAGGAACUUGAAGUCAUGCAUCAAAGUUGCAAUGGACUUUGUCUCACCUGAAAAUGUCGGCGAGUGCUUUCACUUGACAGAAGUAUUCCGCACACUUCCAGAAGAUCAUAGGGCUAAAGAGGACAAAUUGGAGGUAAAGAAAAUGAUUGUUCAUUCUGUCACUGAUGCUCUGGAGGAACUAAAUCAGAAUGUGAGGUCUAAGGAAGCCACUAAUCCACCUCAAUCAAGUCAGAGUGAUGGAGAUUAUAUGGUCCAGGAUACUGCAUAGUUAUCUGUCACUCAUAUGUUGUAAUAUAUUAACUGAUAGUCUGGCUUUUACCCUUCAAGUUCACAUGUGAAUCUUGUUGGUCAAGUUUUGGAGGUUUUUGGUUCAAAAGCCAGUUUUUGUAUAAAUCAGUAUUGUAUUACAGUGGUAAUGUAGUACAAGUCCUUUGGUAUUAUUAUCUAACCAAUGUAACUAUUUUGAGUACAAGUAGAAUGUUAAUGAAGAUCUGCUAGA